AUGUUAACCAAAGAUGACUAUAUUCAAGUGAUUAAUCAACUGAUAGCACAGCCAGGUACAUUUUUCUCACUCAAAAAUGCGCAAAAAUCAAUUUUUUGCCCGAACAUUUGAUUUUUUCGAAAAAAUUAUCUUUCUUGCAGGAGAAGCUUGGAAAAAUGAUCCGUUCGAAAUAUUACUUAAACAGGCGCCGAAGGUAAGUGGAAAAACUCGGUAAAGUGUGAAUUUGAACAAUUUAGGAGCUCAUCGUCAAGUAUUUGGAGGUGCAACCCGAAGAUCUCGUUCCGUCUACUUCGGACGACGUCAGAACCGUCAACGCGGACGUCAGAAUUCAGUUUUCGCAGGUUCUGGGCGGCGUUUAUCUUGAUGUACGUUUUCUUCUACAUUUCUGCAUUCUUUUUCAAAAUUCCGCAUUUUUCAGCUCUCUUCGCUGCUGAAAUCGGCGCGUGAGUCGGCGCCGGACGAAUUUCAGCUACUUUCGCUCCAAGACGUCUCGGCGAUCAAAAAAUCGUUCGAAUUCUUCGUUCUCACCGCAAUUUUGCCAUUUUUGGAGCCGGGAGUCGGUCUGGGAGCCACUUCCAGGAGCACUUUCAUCAAAUCCUGGAAGGUCUACGACGGAAACAAGCCAGUGUGCAUCGAGAGAGUACGUUUUGGAGUUUUUUUUCGCAAAUAUCAUACAAUUGCAGCUCGACUACGCCGCCAAAGUGAUUCUGGCGCUUCUGGAGUGCAAUCUCGCUCUUGCCGCCCAAUUCUUGCCCAAAUUCAUCGAUGACGUGCUCUGUGUUCGAUUCCAGGUGAAAUCAUUGAUUUUUUGAAUAUUUUUUUUAAUUUGGGCUCUUGGGACUCCACCUUUAAAGCAAUUCUAAAACAUUUCAGCUGGUAAACCUGGGCGUCAAGGAGAAUGAGCCAAAGUUUGUGGAAAUUCUUGCCAAAUGUCCGCCGGACGUCCUUUUCGCCUCGCUGAUGCUCAUGUUGCCCGACAAGAAACAGUACAAAACGCCGCUUUGGCUGAAAAUGGCUUGCGGAAUGCACAUGACCAAGAUUCUCGUGGCAAAAGACGGACUCUCGCACCUGAUGCAAUAUUAUCGCGAGCGUGGUGAGAUGGCGAUGCGCUUUGGAGUUCUGCGGCUUUAAACUUGAGAAGGGAUACUGUAGAUCACAAUUCGACUCAAUUUUUGUGGCAAAUACACCGAUUUCACAGCCACUAGACAGUUUUCUAUCAUUUGUCAUGAGAAAAUGGGGAAAAAUUGUGAUACUUCUCAUGUUUAAAGGCUCGCUUGUCGGACUUUCACGAAAAUUUCCAAAACAACAACAAUUGUAGCCGGCGACACGUGGACCGACAAUCUGCCGAUGACAAAACAAGUGGCGUGGCACCUGGCCACCGUUCCGAAACUAUUCAAACAUCCGCUCCAGUACCACGAGAUCAUCUCCAAUCAGUUUUUUGAGACCCUCUGGAAACAGGUGAUUGAAGCUAUUUGAGUGCGAAAAAGCAUACCAUAGGCCUACGUUCUCGAUAGAGACCGAUCGCGAAUCUACAAUCUACAAUGUUUUCCAGAAAACGCCGGAGAAAAAUGUGACGCGAGUGUUUGUGAGCUACUCGGACGAGCUGCGUGUCCGCUUCUCGCUCAACUGCGAUUUGACGAUUUUCGACAAAGUUCUUCGCUUCUGGGAGGUUAGAUGAACCUUCAAACCCUCCAACAACAAAAAAAAAACGCAAAUUGUUCUCAGAUCCUGAACCAAAGAAUCGCCGACAAAACGGUGAGACACUCGCAAAAAAUGACAGACUUUUGCGCGAAAGACGUGCGAAAUCUGCAACUGCUGAGCCAGCUCCAAUCCUCGCUGGACCCGAAACGCAUUCGUUUCAUCUACCCGGUGCUCUACGCGUGCAUCGAGCACAUUCCGUUCGUGAAAGACGUGCUCAAGGCGACGUUGGAGGGCUUCCAGAACAUGGGCUGCUCGCUUUAUAUGCACGUGAUGACGCCCACGCGUGCCGUCCAAAUUGUCAAGAAGCGCGAAGAGACGAGCUCGAAAAUUGAGGAAAUCGGGGAGAAUGCGCAGGAAAACGCGGAGGAUGACGGUGGGUUUCUCGGCAAUUUAGGUCUGCCGAAAACGCGCAAAAAACCACAAUUGCAGACGAGAUGUGGCUGCACGGAGUCGAAGAAAACGCGGACGAGGGCAUCGCGCGCCGCCUCGAAACGGCGUUCUUCGUGGUCGACAACGUGCUGACGCAGUCGCAAGUGCGCACGAUGAUCGAAUUGAUGACGCUCGGUGUCGACGAUUUUCUGAAGACGGCCGAGAAGGAACGCGACGACGAUUGCGCACGAUUCGUCGUGCUGGAAGGAGGUCCGUCACACUUUUCUUUUUGUAAAAAAAUUGAAGGACCAUGGAACCCUCGAAACUUUCUGAAUUCUUUCUGUGUCUGUCUGAAUUUCCGAGUCCCAACUCUCAGAAAUGCCUGGAGCUGUAAUAAUUGUGGCCUAGAAAACUCUGGUGUGAAAACUCUUCCCUGUUAGCAAUCCGCGGAUUUGUGUGAAUGUUUGGCAACGCCUGAGGAUUCCGGAAAAGAUCCCGUGGCCUAGGAGUUUUCUAGGCCACUGCGGCUGUUCCGUUUAUACGCAUUUCUGAGAGUCAUAGGUGUUUUGAGUUGAGCGCCGGCAGUUCAAAAAUGUUUUGGCGUUUCUCAAACAUCCGGCACCUAUGCGGAGAGUUGGGACCCGGACAGGUAAAAAUUGGUAAAAAUUAAAGUUUCAGAAUGUUUUCAAAGGUGGUCUAAUUUGCAUUACACUUGCAGCCAAGCACUUUGCGGCGCACCACGCCCAUCUCGUUGUCGGCUGCUGUUUCGAGCGUCUCGUCUCGAUUGCCGAUAAAUAUGGAUUCGGCACUGAUGAGUGCGUUCAGUUGCUCAGAUUGGCCGAGGUGAUUUUUGCGGAUUAUUCUGCAAUUUUGCUACUUUGUCAAGUCAAACAUUUCGGGGGAAAAAAAAUGAUUUCCAGAACAUUCUGAACAACGCGACCGGAAAACUUCAACGUCUUGGCACCAGAAAGCGCUCGGUCGACGUCUUUGUGAUGUCGGAGAACGAGCAGAAGGAGUUUGAAGUGGGUUUAUCUUUUUAGUGUCGUACCACACUAAAAAAAAGGUGUCCAGAGAAUAGCAUCAUUCGAUUCAGCGUCAAAAAUAAGGCCAAGGCGCAGAGUUACGUGUACUCUUGUCUGAAAGGCUUGGAAAAAAGAGCAGGCCUCGUCGCUUUUCUAGGACGCUGAAUCGAAUGAUGCUAUAUUGUCUCGACAACUUUUUCUAGUAGUACGACCCUUUCAACAUACGUUUUUUUCCUUUUCUAAACUAAAAAUUGUAGUUGACGUGCUCGACGGCGCGCCUCUGUGUGCCUCUCGUCACGACCGUAUUCGCUUUGACGCAAGGAAUGAGCCGUCUGCACGAGCUCCAUCUCAAAUGUCUCGAAUCGGUGGCCAAUUUGACGAAGGCCGUCGAUCAGUUUCCCUCUCAGGAUCACUCGUUCAUGGCCACCAUCGACGAGGCGAAACUUUGGCUGAGAAGCCUCAAAAUUGGUACGGUUUUGCAGAUUUUCUCGAAUUUUUCUCAAUUGAAUAAACGUUCAGACGUGGAAAACGUGAAUCCGGUGAAUAUACCGCAAAGAAUGGACAGACGCAGAUACAGGUAAGACAUGUUCUCUAUUUGGCAGAAAAAAAAAAUUAAAUGCUUUGCAGCCACGGCGACGUUUGCAACGAGCUGAUGGAAGAAUUGCACGACGACGAGCCGGCGGUGAGAGGCGCCGCCCUCAUGCAGAUUUCGAAGACGUUCAGGAGCAAAAUGUACUUGUGUCCGCGACUGCUCGAGUACGGAGUCUUCGAAAUGGCCAAGGGUACGCUUUUCACUGCAAAACCUACUUACUUGGUGACGUGGAGUCUGUUUCAUCAAGCGAUGUGAAGCUUGACACGGACAAAGUCUGUCCGUUUAGGAAGAUCUCGGGCAAGAGGACCAUUUUCUUCGUCUUCCUGGGGCCGAGGACGCGCACUUGCGACUUUAGCCCAUCGUCUCUCAGUGCCACGUGUCCCUGCAGUCGAGUUUCCAGUCAGUUAUUCGGCUUGGCGUCUACAAUCCUCUGAACUUUCUGCGCGUAGAACAUGGCUGUGAGGAUGUUCAGCUUUAGUAGAAUGAUCUUGUUCCUUCUGUCUAUGAUGUCGAGUAGGGGCUUGGCUGAGUGGGCUCCUUGUCCUUCUGGUCAGCUCUUCCUCUAUUCGUCCGUCCGCGUCUAUCCAUCUUCAAAAUUCUAGAGGGAUCUUUUCUAUGCGCGCCGCAGACGCCUCGGUUGACAGUGUUUCGGCUAAUAACUUGGCCAGAUGGAUAUGCAGGAAAGAGUCAGGCCUAGAGAGGAGAGAAGAUAUGACUGAAAUUGAGCGAUAACAAUGAAAAAACCCUCACAACUAAUUUUUUUGUAUUGCAGAACUGAUCGCAGACGACGACUCGUACGUGUACCUGUCGGCAAUCAACGCGAUGUGCGAAAUGUCGCUUUUCGACCGCCGUCUCCUCGAAAUCGCCAUCGAAUAUUACGAGGAAAUGAGCAAGAUGGCCGAGAAGAACGAGCCGAUAAUUGUCCGUUUGGGCCGAUUGACGGAGGCGCUCGGCCGCGUGUUCCUCGUCAAGGGCGCGAUUACGGUCAACCACGUCGACCGCAUGGCGCCAAUUUUCAUCGAUCAGUUGGGGUACGUUUCAGGAGAAAAACAACAUUUAAAAGCGGCGUGCACUAUCUUUUUGGAAAAAUGUCUAUAGAAACUGUUUUGCUGAACAUAAGACAAUCCGAAUUUGCAGUGAACAAGACGAGAUUCUUCGUGCGUCGGCGUGCGGAGGCAUCGGAUUCAUGAUGCGCGCGACGGAGGGAAAGGGAUUCGAGAAGUGGCUCGAACGACUGUUCCACGCCCUCCACAACAUUGUCCUUCUCGACAGAAGUGUCCUUUCGCGUCGCGCCGCCGUCGAUCUCAUCAGAAUUUGCAUUCACAGCUACGGAAUGGACGUCUUUGUUGUGCGUUUUUCGAAGAAAUCAGAGAUGGGCGCCGAUUGGCGGCUUUCCGGCUGAAAUUUUGAACGAAUACCGAUUCGUCUUCCCAUUGUUCUUCAUGAGCAUGUUCUUAAUGACCAGUACUUGCAAAGAGCAACAAAAGUAUUCGGAGUCACACCGAAAUCGGUUUCUUUCGAGUAGUGAUUGAGUGCGCGUGCUACAAGUGAGAAUCGAAUUCAUUUUACAUUAGUUUAUGAUGAAAAUGUUGGCGGAGGGUUUCUCUUUCUGUGAACAUCAAAAUUUUACCGAAAUGAAGCGUGCUCUAACACUCGGGUGAGCCAACGCAUGUCUCUGGACACUAUAUGAGUGUCGUCGGAGAAGUAAAGUUGAUUUUUGAACGAUUUCAAGCUUAAAGUGAUCAAUACACUUUCUAACACCAAACAGCAAUAAGCAUUAGUGUAUUGAAUUCGAUUCUCACAAUCGCCGCUCGAAAAUUGCCGAUUUCGUAGUGACUCUGAGACUUUUUUGCAAAUUUUUUGUUGCUCUUUGCAAGUAUGGGGUGUGAUGAAGGCGUUAAUAAAGAAAAAUGGGAAGAUGAAUCAGUAUUCUUGCGGCGCCAACCAAGCAGCCGACGGUUCGCGGAAUAGCGAUGAUGCCGCCCAUCUCUGGAACAAAAAAGGAAUUCCACUAACGUUAAAAUACUCAACGAUUGUUUCAGACUCUCCGCGAACGUCUUCUGGAGCUGCACCGCGAAGUGCGCCGUCUGUGGAGGACGGAUCGCGACGGAGUGGUCCGUCUUCACUCGCAAUUGUGCUGCGAAGAGCUCGACGCGAUUCUCGAGCAGAGUCAGGCCGAAAUAGAGCGAGGAUACACGAGAAGAAUACGGUUCUGA